GUUAAUACUGUUACUCGCGCCAUCUAUGUUUGUUUUUGAGGCGAGCAAUGUCUUAAAUAAACUAUUAGUAAAGUUGGCAAUAGUUCUCCUUACAACUCAACAAUACUCUUCAAUUCCUGGUGAUCGUCAACGAUUGUUACACGUUUUUCAGAAACCAAAAAUGGCAGAUAAGCCGUCAAAAACAGAAAAGUCAAAAGAUAAGGAAAAGAAGGCCUCAGCAGCACCAGCAACAACACCUAAAGUAGCUGCACCUAAGCCACGUGAAUAUGUAAAACCAGGAAGGUUGUACUGUAAAGGAGUAUUUGUUGGCUACAAAAGAGGUCUUCGUAAUCAGCAUGAGAAUACCUCCCUAUUAAAAAUUGAUGGUGUUGUAGCAAGGAGAGAAACCGAAUUUUAUUUGGGAAAGAAAUGUGUAUUUGUAUACAGAGCAAAAACUAAGAAAAGAGUUCCAGGCAAGAAAGAUAAAUAUUCUAAGUUAAGAGCUAUUUGGGGUAAGGUAACACGACCGCAUGGAAACAGUGGUGUAGUAAGAGCUAAAUUCCGAAGCAACUUACCUGCUAAAGCUAUGGGGCGAAGGAUUCGGGUUAUGCUGUACCCUUCCAGGAUUUAAGUGUUAUUUUAAUAAAAUUGUAUAAAAUCA